AUGGGUGAAGGCGGUUUCUUGAACGUCGUCAAUGGCACCCCCUACGACUGGGUUGUCACCAGUACAACGCAACACAAGAUGAAGAGUUGGGACGCACAAUGGCAGCCUAAUGGAAAGUACCUUCGCAUCCCGAAGAAGGGGGGGAGUUCUCGUAUCUACAUUGAAUGGGGCUCCGGUUCGCAUCCAGGCGGUGAUGUCGGUAUCCACAUGGAGGGCACCGAUUACAGAUUCAUGCUCCACGCCUGGUCGAAUCGUGGAUUCUACAUUUGGGCUGAGUUUCAAACUUUCAGUGUUCAGGGUUAUUCCCAGGGAGCCAAUGACCAAACCGGCCUUAACGUCAAUUGGAUCCAUGAUGGGGAUGUUGCCUUCAUUCUCUCCGGUGAGAACCCGGGCAACUUCUUCCCGAGCAAUGGCCCAAUCGAUUGGAUGCAAGCGUCCCUCGGUUUGAUUGGCAAUCGUCCUCUCAGAAAACUUUGUAUACCGGGUAGCCACGAUAGUGGUAUGGCUAUCAAGAACGGCUCGGGCACAAUUGGAGCAACUUCAGACAAUAGUUUAACCCAGUGGCAGAACAUCCACGGCCAAUUGGUUGCCGGUGCUCGAUAUUUCGACGUCCGUCCUUGUAUUGGGAAAGGCAACAACGGAAACUCGAAUGAGAUGAUGUGCGGUCAUUAUUCUAAUACUAACAAUAGCACGAUUAAGUGGCAGGGCGUGAGUGGUGAAUACAUCCAAGACGUCAUCAACUCAGUCAACCGUUUCUUGGUAGACGAAGGAAACAGGGAACUUGUCAUUAUUAAUCUUUCGCAUGCUUAUAAUACCAAUCAUGACUGGUAUCGAGAUUUUACCCCAGAAGAGUGGGAGCGGGUGCUCGACAUGUUUACGAAUCCGGAAACCGGCUUGAAGAACCUUUGGAAGAUGCCAAAGGGUGUUCCAGGACGUGAUCCCGCUACUGCGAUUAUAUGGGACACACCUCUCAGGGAUUUCAUCGCGGGCGGUCCUGCAGUCGUUAUCAUUUCUGAAGAUUUCAGAAUAGCAUCUGAUAGCCGUUUCUCAGGCCAGGGUAUCUUCAAUAGAUCUCAAUACGACGUCAGAAAUGAAUACAGCAAUUCCGAUAAAAACGAUCAUAUCAUGAGGGACCAGUUUACGAAGAUGCUGAAGCAUGGUUUUACGACUGAUCGGCUAUUCUUGCUAUCUUGGACUUACAGUCUCCAAGGCGCUGGUAACCUUAUCCAGAACUUGAGGAAAAAGGCCGACGACGUGAAUCGGUCUCUUUACACCACCCUUCCGCCAAAAUGUAACCCGCAGACAUUCCCCAAUAUUAUAUACGUCGACUCCUUUGGAGGUUGGAGAAAGGGUGAAAGGGAUAAUGGACAUAAUUCGGACCAGGGACAUUAUUCCUGGCAGGGCAGGAACAUGGCUUCUCUUGCCAUGGCUAUCAAUUGGAUUACCAGUUGGAAUGAUGGUCCCGGAGCAGAUAAUACUGGUAAUGCUCUCCAGGCACAAUGGGACUCUCUACGCAACGAGGUGAAAAACGUUCAAAAUUCGAUGGGCACAUUCGGAGGGUCUACCAAUCAGCCUGAAUACGUACAAUUGGUGCAGUCGAAGCAAAAUCUUCAGAGCCGGAUGGAUGAAAUCCGUGCCCAAGAAAGAUCUCACUACGGCAUGGAAUAG